GGGGGGGGGGGGAGUAAAAAAAAAGGGGAGGGCCUCCCAAAAUAGUGAGGGUCAAAAAAGGGAGUGACCGAAAGGACAGACGUAUCGGUUAAGCGAACUUAAGAAAGAUAGCCGAUACAGUUGCUGGGUAAGUAGGUAGGUAGGUAGGUAGGUAGGUAGGUAGGUAGGUAGGAAAUGAUAGAAGAAGUAGAAGAAUCAACAAUAGCAAGCAAUUCAACAACGCAGGUUAUGUGUCCCUGGAGAAUAAUUGCUAUUGCCAAUGUUCCUUUUUCGGGCGAAGGGUCUAUUUGAAUUAGGGAAUUAGAUUUAUUCGCAGUCGUCGAACUUGAGUGGGAGAAAGUUCGUUGGGCAGUCCGAAAACGGGCGGACUAAAAUCAUGGACCGGGGGGGGAGGUUAAAAGUGGUCAGUGGAAGUGGGUGGAGAGGUAGAAUUGAUGGUCGAAGCGGGUUGGUGGUAGUGUGGUUGAAGCCGUUAAGGAACGGAAGUUUGUCACCGUCGCAAUGCCGUUCGAUCGAAAAGGGGAGGGAGGAAGAAUGGAUGGAUGUGCGAGUGAAAAAGGAAGAGGGGGGAAAGAGGAGAAAAGAAGAAGAGAGGGGAGAGGGAGAGGGAGAGGGAGGGAAGAGAAGAAAGAGAAAAGGGAAGGGGAGAAAGAGAGAACAAGAAGAGCUCUGUCUCUGUGUUGGUUGGUAGUAAUAGUGGAGGAGGAGGAGGAGGAGCAAGAGGAGUAAUAGUCUUAAAAAAAUUGGAGACACUGGAAGAAGCCGCUGCGAGAGUCGCUGUAGGAAGAGUUCGUCGCAAUAAUAAUGAUGGUUCCAGUGGAUGUUUGGCGGGCAGAGCGCGGGUGUCGAGGUGAGUGGGAAAUAAUAAUGGCGGUAGUAAUGAGAGAGAAUGGUAAGUGAUAAUCAAUUGACCCAAGGACAGAUACUUUUGCUCAUAUAAUUUCAUUCGGCCGUAGUCACCAGAAUCAAGUUAAGUUAGUAAGGGAAGUACAGUAACUAGGUAAUGAAUGAUACCAGAAAGAAAAAAAAAAGCCGGUUAAUGACUCGGUAAUAAACCAUAUGGAGA